GAGCUCGCGCUCCCGCGGCACGGUGCGCGCAGUCAGCCGCUCGUCGCGUGGCGCACAGGACGUCUAAUUAACACAAGAUGGAGGAGGCGGGCACCCCUCAGCCAGGCCCUCAGAGGGCCUUCAGCGUUCUGGAUCGUCUGCUGCUAACACACCCGGUGUGGCUGCAGCUGUCACUCAACCAAGACUCCGCCUUCUAUAUUCUGCUCAGAGAGCCAGUCGGGACAUUCUUAGUACGCAAGUGCUGCUCCAGCCAGCGGAAGCUUCUGUGUUUGAGGGUCUCAGCCGACAGGAGUUCGUCCUCUGUGAAGGAGUGCUUCAUCUGUGAGGAAGACUACACAUUCGCUCUCGAGAGCUCGUCACUCAGCUUCCCUGACUUGUGUCGCCUGGUGGCCUUUUACUGCGUUAGCAGGGAUGUGUUGCCUUUCCCUCUCCAGCUGCCAGAUGCCAUCGCCAAGGCCACCACACACAGACAGCUGGAGGCCAUCUCACACAUGGGCCAAGACUUCUGGAGCUCACCAAGCGCCUCGGAGCUUCAAAAUGGACCUCUUCCGUAUUGCAGCCAGGUCUCAGUGACGGCGACCUCCAACCAAUGUGGUCUUCAGGCCCUCAGCAACCGAGGAAAACUUUGCUUUAUUAACCCGCUCUUCCUGCAGCUGGAAGUCUGCAAGCAAGUAGAAGUCCAGAACCACAGUGCCUCCAACAAGCGACACCGCUUCAAGCGCAGCAUGCGACUCCGCCUCUCAGAGUCCUCCAUGAAUCUCUCCCUUGAAGGGGUGGGCUCCUACUCGCCUCCGCCAUCGGUGGAGAUGCCUAGCGAGUCCGAGAUGCGCACCGCCGGCUCCGACUCCCUGAGGAGAGUCCAUGCCGGGGCGGGGGUUUUGAGGAGAACUCCUGCCGUGUCACCAGGCUCGGCAGACGAAGAGGACAUGAUGGCCGCCAAAGCGCCUCAAGUGGACCAGCCUGCAUCGAAGACACCCGCCAUCGAAGUGGCUCUCCUGGCCUUGGAACGGCGCCCUGCUCCAUCUCUGGCCGAGCUGGACAGCAACAGUUCCUUCAGCAGCCUGGAUGAGGACAAUGACUCUGAUUCCGAUUCCGACCACGCCCCCAGAGCCCAAACACAGAGCUUGCACAGGCCGCCUCUGGUGCGCUCACGAGGUCGCGGCGGUUUGCGGCGAAUGAGCGAGGCGUUCGUGUGUUUCUUUGCUCCAGACAAGCGCCUGACGCGACUGGUCGAGGAGCUGUCCCGAGAUAGGCGCUCCAUCUUUGGCGGGAUGGUCCAAGACUUCCUCCUGGCUCAGAGAGAGCUCCUCAAGUCACUCGCCGCCUCUUCCUCAUCCUCACAUGUGACGUCCGUGCAGCUCCUGCAGGGUGUGCGCCUCUUCCUGUCGCAGGCCAAGUGCUGCCUCUUGGAAAGCGGCGAGCUGGAACCUCCCAUCGAAACUUUGGUGCCAGAGAACGAGAAGGAUCUGGCUCUGGAGCGCGCCAUGUUCUCCUGUGUGCUCCGCCCCCUGAGGUCUCACCUGGACAAAGCCCUGGUGGCGCUACACAAGCAGGAUGCCUUCAGUCAGCGCUUCAACCAGAACCUCAUCCGUUUGAAAGGCACAGACGCCAUGGAGCACCUCGGUGUGCGUACGGGUGUCCCGGACAGUCGUCAGAUGGACAAAGUGAAACAGAAACUGACAAUGAUGCGGCGCACCCACUCGCCCGUCGACAAGGUGCUGCUGCUGCUGCAGGUUUGCAAGUGCGUGUACAAGGCCACGGGCGGCACGCACGGGCAGGAAGUGAGCUGGGAGGACUUCCUGCCGUCGCUGUCCUACAUGAUCGUGGACUCCAACAGGCCUCACAUCCUGAUCGAGGUGGAGUACAUGAUGGAGCUGCUCGAGCCGUCCUGGCUCGGCGGAGAAGGUGGCUCUUACUUGACCAGCAUGUUUGCCAGCCUGCAUCUAAUCCAGAGUAUGGACCGAGACCGGCCGGCCUCAGGCUGCCUGACCCCUGAAGCCCAGGAAGCGUUGAAGGAGUGGCGCUGUAGGCGGAGCCGUGAGGCCCAGAGGCAGAAGGAAAACCUUCAGAGCCAGAGGUGCGUUCGGAUACUGUUCCAGGACGGUGAGCGGAGCGCCGUGCGGACCUUGCAGUGGCGAGCUGGAGAGAGCAGCCAGGCGCUGGCGCAGCUGUGUGCCGCCACCUUCGGCGUGUCUGACCCGCAGCAGUACACGCUGUACUGGCGCAGCGGCGGCGAGAUGCGGGCCCUGCCGCCUCAGGCCCAGCCUCAGGAUCUGGCGGGGCACAGCGAGGGGGGCCCCUCUCUCUCGUACCUGAGGACGGACCACGACUUCAGCAAGAUGCGGCGGCUCACCAGAGGUGGCGCUGUGGACCUGAGUGAGUCGGUGUGCGAGGAGUGAAUGAGAGGAGAAGCGUGGAGGGGGGAGGAAAGGAGGAGAUGGAUGCCGUCUCUCCCUGGUGGGGUUCAUGAAUGGACCAGGAGCAGCACGGCGCCUGGCGUGAGAGAGGGUUCUAUUUGUGUCACCAACGUGGAGGGAUGACAAGGUGAACUCCUGUUGCCUGGAAACUAAAGCACACAACCUGGUCCUGAUGUAAUGUGCUGGCAUCUUCUCAUUCGCCGUUCCACAAUGACACAAAACCGGAUGCCAAAGUUGACAGAUUUGGACUUUAAAAAGGAGAUGUGACCCACAUUUGACUUUCUUUCUGUGUUUUUUGGCUGCGAGCGUUGUGAGGUCUUAGCAUGAUGAGUGUGAAAGAGGAGCUUUUUAGACCACUUUUGUGUUAUUAACACACCAUGUGGCGUGGUCUUGGAAACCAGCUGAAUGUAUUCGUUCCGGGGUGUCCAAACCUUUUCACUGAAAAACUGAAGAGUAUGGGGGGGGGGGUACUGUAGUGGAGAGUGAGAAAUCCCCGUUGCCGGUGUCUGAUGGACAGGAAACAUGGAUUCACCAAGACAGCAUGCAUGAAAAUCAACUCUUCAUAUGCGCAGGUCGUCGGACAUUUUGGGUUGCAUGGGUCAUUUUGGGGUAUUUUUUUUUUUUGUUCUCAUGCAGGCUGUGUUUAAUUUCAUCUGCAGAAUGUGCCACGGGCUAAUAGAAAACGAGCCACGCAUCACCAAUGGCCCCUGGGUCGCAUUUUGGGCACCCCUGAACUAGAACAGUCUCACCAUCACACUGUGGUGGGUCAGGUCAGAACCUGACGACUUCUGCUGACUGUUCAACUUCACGUCUUGUGUUUCAAAGUACCUUUGAUUGCCUGAUGGGUGAUUUCAGUAAUCUUCAACGUGUGCAGGCUUUAACCAGCAAGUGAUGAUGAUGUGUUUUGACCAUAAACUGCAUGCUUUUCAAUUUGAGGCUCUGCGAAUGUGUUGAUUGUGUGAGCUCACUAUUCUUUUUCAGUGUAAAUGUGUCGGCUAAAUCGCAAUAAAACUAUUUUACGUGUGCAGAUGUGCUUUCUAGUGGCAACAACAGGGGGCAGCACAACGCAUAAUGAAUUGUCAAACAUUUAAAAGCAGGGAUUUUCUACCGGUGGGUCACGACCCAAAAAGUGGGUCACGGGUCUUUGUCAAAAAAUAAUUAUGUAAUGACCCGAUAUCCAUGAAUGCACAUUACGUCUGUGCUAGUCGCUUGCUAUGCCACCGCAAGUUGGGCACCAUCUUUGUGGGUUUGAGCGAAAGGGGAACACCAUCAGCUGGAAUUAAUGUGUUGUCAGCAAACAAUUUAUAUUCUGCUGUCUCACAUGGGGAAAUUCGAUGUAUUGACCCAGGCAGACAAGUGGUCUAAAGAAGAUUUACUUGAUGUUUCACCCAGGUCCAUGUGCAAAUACGCCGAUUCAACUCCCCAAAUAUAUUAUGUACUGAAAACACCCACUUUUUGUUCAAAUAUUAUUUUUCUGGAUACAAACCUACUCUCUUCCUGGAAUGAUUAUGAAACUUGUUUUGUGCUGGCACACCAUCAACAGAGAUGUGUAAUGUCUUUUCAUGAAAGGAACUGUUUGCAGCUGGCUCAAAAUGACACUGCCAGCUCUGAGAAAUGGCGCCUGCGCAUUUGUGUUAAUGGGUGGCAGUUUACAUGCUUAGAGCGCAUGAAGAGGGUAGGAUAUUUAUAUUUAUAUUUAUAUAUUAUAUAUUUAUAUUUAUAAUUGUGUGAGUAUGUAUGCGUUUGGUUGCAGUGUGGGCGGUAUGGUGGUUUUCGAGGGCAUUGUAUUGUAACUCUGUAAAGCACUCGGGUUGAAUUUAAUAUGUACAAAAGCGCUUUAUAAAUAAAGUUUGAUUGCAACACAUUCAAAAGUUAGCCCCCUCUAGGGAGCCAUCCCUUUAAAUUCAAGAUAUAAAUCGAUUUAUUAAAUAAAUAAGAUAUUUGAGAAAUUUGAAAAAAAAAUCGUUGAUUUAAAACACACAUUUUAAGGUCACUCGAUCAAUAAUAACCCAAAAACGAGGACUUACAGUGUUUUGAGUACUCUGCAGCUUGUCUUCAUACUCCGUCGUUCUCUUUGUAGGAAUUGGAAUCCGCCCAUUAUGGGUCACUUUGUAGCAUUUAAAAAUAUAAAAACGAUAUCAAAACAAUAAAUGUAUCCAUGGUAUUUUCAUUCCAAACAACUUUGGGUGCUUUCAGACGAUAAAUUGCGGUAGCCAUAUUAGAUUGAUGUCGGCCAAUCAGAAUCCGUGUUGUUGGACUGUGGCAGAAGCUCCGAGCCAAUCAGAGCUACUCAAUAGCAACUUAUCAAACAGGAUAUUUAACAGUGAACAACUUUUUUUUACAUGUUAUAAACUUUAUUUCUAAGUACCUUGCUUGUUAAAAAAAACUUCAAAAAGAUAAAAGAGACAAA